AUACCAGAUAACACACAUAACCUGUAACAUACACACACAUACACAUUCACCAUAAACUGUAAUCAAUGAGCACAGACAAUAAGAUAGUUAAGUUCACACCCAUCCAAUCAUUUAUAGAAUCAUCAUUUUUCAUUAAACUUUCCCAACUAAAACUAGACAAGUUUAAAUUAGAUUCUUCCAAACAUGUAAUUACGGGGUUUAUACAGCACCCCAAACUACUCAAUCGGUUCAAUGACAUGCCUACUCUUAACCUUGAUCAGGAUAGUUUUGAGCCUGAACAAGUGGAAGACCUGUCAAAAGUGUUUAUCAAAGGUGAGAUAUACAAUGUGAAUACAAUCGAGGAGUUUAAACAGAUUGACAAGUUACAACAGUUGACGGAAUGGGGAGGGCAAAUAUAUGAGUCUAUGAAAACGGUGACUACAUUUGAUUAUCAAGUGUUUAACCAGUUUUACAUUUUGAGUUUCUCCGAUUUAAAAAAAUACAAGUUUUAUUAUUGGGUGGCGUAUCCUAGUUUCACCUCCAAAUGGUCAAUUAUCGAAGAAAAGCAACAAUCGGAUGAUUUAAGUUUGGUCAAGAUGAUUGAAGAAAAAAUCAACCAACUAGGAGAAAAUGGCCAAUUCUUCCAGCUUGUAGAUGGACAGUUGGUGGAUGCACCCGAAACAGACCAACCAGGCAAGUUUGUGUUUGUAGAUACAUGUUUGAGUAAAGAUAAGAAACCAGGAUCGCAACUCAAGAACUAUUUAUAUUAUAUUGCACUCAAAGGAUUCAAGACUAUUGAAUUAAUGAUAUACCGCGUGGAUGGUUCAACAUUUAGCUAUAAGCUUCAACUUGAAAAAUACGACAAGGUUCCAAAGACUAUAACUGGCUGGGAGCGUACCAGCCAGGGGAAAUUAGGUCCAAAAUUAGCCGAUUUAGGUUCUUUGAUUGACCCCAACCAACUUGCCGCACAAGCAGUAGAAUUAAACUUGAAGCUUAUGAAGUGGAGAAUAGCUCCUGAUAUUGAUCUUGAUAUAAUAAAAUCUCAGAAAGUGUUACUUCUUGGUGCUGGCACUUUGGGAACAUAUGUCGCUAGAGGGUUAUUAGGAUGGGGAGUGAAACAUGUCACAUUUGUCGACAAUGGCAGAAUCUCAUACUCUAACCCAGUCAGACAACUGUUAUUUCAAUUCAAGGAUUGCUUUUCCGAUAGUGGUCAGGGACAAUGGAAGGCACAGCGUGCUGCUAAGCUGUUACAAGAGAUUUUCCCCGGAGUUGAUUCAAAAGGGUUCAAUUUAGAAGUUCCAAUGAUUGGCCAUCCAAUCACGGAUGAACCUAAACAACGUGCUAAUUUCGAAACAUUAUGCCAGUUGUACGAAGAUCACGAUGUUAUAUUCCUACUUAUGGAUUCACGAGAAGCAAGAUGGCUACCUACAGUAUUGGGAGUCGCCAAGAAUAAAAUUGUCAUUAAUGCAGCUCUUGGGUUUGAUAGCUAUUUAGUCAUGAGACAUGGAAGUUUAUUGCAGCCACAAGAUCAGAGAUUGGGUUGUUACUAUUGCAAUGACGUGGUUGCACCUAAUGAUAGUUUAACUGACCGUACCUUGGACCAAAUGUGUACUGUAACUAGACCAGGGGCAGCGCUAAUUGCAUCAGCAUUAGCUGUGGAAAUGUUGGUGGCUAUACUUCAACAUCCUGACAAACAACUAGCAAAACAUGUAAUCGUCGAUAAUAACAAGUUUGGCAGUGUACCACAUCAAAUCAGAGGCUUUUUACAUAAUUUUAAUCAACAACUGAAUUUGCAUGCACCCAAUUAUAAAUAUUGUUCUGGAUGCUCUGAACCGGUGAUUAAUGAGUUUAAUACUAGUGGAUGGGAGUUUAUCAAGCAAUGUCUUAAUGACAGUUCCUACUUGGAAGACAUCUGUGGGUUAAAACAAGUACAAAAAGAAGCAGAAUUGGCUACACAGAGUUUAUUAAGAGAACUUGAACUUGAUACAGAAGAUUAUGAAGCUGUUGAUGUUGAUGCGGAUGAUGAAGAUAGUGAAUGGUUGUCUUGAGCUAUUUUAUGUAGUUUGAUUGUUUGGGCGCGUAACAGAUUCUUUUUUUUUUUUAAUUUU